AUUCAAACAACGGCGCGCGGCAAGUUUUUGGUCCACAGUUAACUACCUGCUCUCUUUUACAUGUUUUAAACGUUUACAAGAAUAUAUAGUGGUGAAGUUAAGACGGGUUAACUCGUAAGGAUGUUUAUGUGAGUUCUGUGCCUUUGAACAGAAGAUUUGCCGUCUUGCAUGUAUGAAAGCGACUUCUUAAUAUUAACGCCAGCUGGUCAGACAAAAGUGCUGGUGAAGCACUCGUCUUAAACUUAGAGUGACUCACUCGGUGAUGAUGUUCUAGAACUUGCAGUCAUCCGGACAGCGGUCCUGACUUCCCCCCGGUGACUGCUGUCAUCAUGUCCCAGACUAACACUUCUCUCCUGGACGAGGUGGUGCAGUGGAGUCAGGAAACCUGUCGCCAGGAGCUCAACACAAGUCUGAAAGCUGGGAUGAUCAUAUACGUAUACUGAAGAUAAUUACAGACAUGUUCCUUCCACACAUUGGUUUGUCAGAGCUGGAAGAUGAGUGCUUCUCCAAGAUCUUACCAAAGGCUGUGACAGUGUUUGACAGCAUGAUGAAGGAAAUCUCAGACCAAGUUGGAGGGCUGUCCAGUCAAAACACAGAACUGUGUGCCUUACUAAGGAACAUUCUUCAGGCAAUGAUGCAGAUAAUCGAUGCACUAUCCACCUGUGUGCGCCAUGUUGGCUCAUUUGAGGAAGCUCCGGACCUGGACGCUAUCCGCUCGUUACCCACAUGUAUCCUGAAAGUUCUGAGAGAAACCUUUCAGCACUGCAAGGAGAGUGAGGUGGUUUACUGUGGCCGUCUGUCCCUGGUGGCCGACCUGCUACAGGGACUCUUCAAAGAGGCGUAUUCCCUUCAGAAGGGUCUGUUGGAGCUGCUGGACAGGAUCUCACUCAACAGCAAUGCCUCAGAGGAAGAGGUCUCUGACAUUGUCACAGUGAUUCACAGCCUGCUGGAUAUCUGCUCCAUUAUCUCCAACCUGGACAUAGCACUGCAUGCAAACACAUGGAAAUUCCUCAUCAAACAGAGUUUGAAGUACCAGUCACUGGUGGAGGAACAUCUACAUCACGGUGACAUCAGUACCAACCUGUGUGAAAACAUUUUGGCCUCCUUCCACAACUGUUUGGAGCUGGCUGAACAGAUAAAACAUGCUGGUCUGCAGGAGACAACACAAAACCCAGAGUACAGGUUGUUCCAGAAAACUGCAAAGAUGUGCAGAUUUUUUGCCAACACAUUGGUUCAUUACAUAAAGGAAUUCAAAUUUUUUCUCUCAAAGUAUUGUAGCUCCUUUCACCAACUCUACCUCCAGGUCAUCAGUAAGUUCCCUCCCAGCUUGUGUGCCCCAACGCUGCCCACGGCUCUGUCUGCAGAGUUGAACGCAGUGGCUCUGGUUCCCAUGGAUGCCCUCCUGCUCCAGCUGUUGCCUUUGAGGCCCUUUGCUGAGGUUGUCCUCCAGCAGGACCUGCGGUUAAGUCCUGAACAUGAGCUUCCUCAGUGUCUUUUGCUGGUGAGCGUCCUGGGUCAGCUGGCCACCCAACCAGAGGAAGUGCUGCAGCUUUGGUACACUGGCAGCCAGUUCUCAGAGGAGACACCCAGACUUCCUCUCUAUGGGGCCUUGUUCACCAGUUUCCGUCACUGCUAUACUGAGCGUAAGGUACCGGUGUUUUUGCCAGGAGUGAUGAUGAAGGGUCAGGCUCAGCUCCAGGUCACUCUGCACCAUCACGUCUGUGUGCAGCUCUGUGCCAGUGUGGCUGCCCUUCCUCCAGUGUACUUCCCUGUGCUGGAGCGUUGUUUGGUUGAUGCUGUCCUGCAGGCUGACAUACACACAGCUUUACUGGCAACAGAUGUGUGGUGCUUUACAGCACGGUAUGGGACAGCGGAACUCUGUCUACAUCAUGUCCUCCUCAUCGCUCAGCUGCUGAAGACUUGCACCGCUGAGUGUUACCAGUCGUUCCACAUGGGCCUGCUGCUUAAACGCAUGGUUUUCCUUAUGACACCAAACCACCAGAUGGAGCUGGUGACGCGUUUCCCACCUUCCAAGGUGGAAAACAUUCUAGUGUGGCGUCACGUCCUCCUCAGGGCUCUUUCACAAGAUGUCCGUCACCGUGUAGAGACGGAUGUGAUUGGCAUCACUCAAAAAGCUCUGAUUGAUUGGCAGAAUGGCGGGUACAGACUGGGACAAAUGGACAAAGUGAAUACGGUGCUGUUAUCCCUCCUAAUGGUGGUUCAAGGGCAGUCAUCCCCUGAGGAACAGUGUGUGUUGUCUGCAGCGAGGAUAGUCACACAGGUUUGGUUACGCAUGAGUUCAGAUCAGGUGCAGACCCACCCUGUGCUCCAGUGCACUCUGCAGCUGCUCCUGUCCAUAUCAGCCACAUUAGUGAAGAACAUCGAACCUCAAGUCAUUUGUCAGGCUCUGUUGUGUGUGGAUGCUCUGGUGUCUCAGAAGUGUGCAGAUCAGCUGCUGCUGGCUGCUCUGGAGUUCCUGGCCUCCCUGGGGAAGAUCUUUGUCCCUCCCGAAAGCCAGAGUCAAAUUCUGCCGAGGCUGAGCAGCCUGUUUGGAGUCCUGUUGGCUGACAGAUCCUGGCUCCUACAUCAGCACGCCCUGGAGGCCUUUUCUCAUUUUGCAGAGGUUACAAACCAUGAGGAAGUCAUUUCUCAGAGUUUGUGCGUAGAAGAAACAAAGACCAAGGUGGUGAAUUAUCUCAGCAAGACUGUGAACGCACAGGAAGAUCUGGAGUCACGGUUACAGAGGCUCAAGAGGGAGACACCAGAGAUUGAGCAACACAAUGGGAAGCUAGAAAACAACAAAGAAAACAUUUCUAACAAACAGGCUGCUGAAGUGGUUACAGAUUCAGAGCCAUGUCCGAAGAGAGCUCGGCAGGAGACCAGUGCAGAGGAGGAGUACAGCCGCUACAUCCAGACAGCUGAGAGUGCUUUAAAAGCCCUUCAGACUCUCACUGAGGGCAAAUCCAACACUACUGCACCACCACAGUGGCUGGAAUCCAGACUAAAGGAGCUGCAGUCCCUCAUAACCCACAUCAGUACAGCCAGACACACAACCUAGCAGCUCCAGUUUGUUUUUCAGCCCCAGAUUAUUUACGUUCUGCGUAGAAAAACGAUUUAAUCAUAGUCUGGGCUCACGGGAGGUCUGCAAUACCUGUUGCUGCUACUGAAAAUAGUUUAUCUUCACUUUUUAAAGCUGUCAGUCUUGAUUUAUAUAACUGAUUAUUAAAUUUGUUGGAUUACAAA